AUGUGCUCACCUUCAGAUGCUGACUGGGACGACCUGUGGGACCAGUUUGAUGAGCGGCGAUAUCUGAAUGCCAAAAAGUGGCGCCUUGGUGAUGACCCCUAUAAGCUGUAUGCUUUCAACCAGCGGGAGAGCGAGCGGAUCUCCAGCAAUCGGGCAGUCCCGGACACUCGCCACUCGAGAUGCAAGCUGCUGGACUACUGUACGGACCUCCCACCCACCAGCAUCAUCAUCACCUUCCACAACGAGGCCCGCUCCACCCUGCUCAGAACCAUCUACAGGUUCCCCAAGGACCCUGGCUGUUUCAGCUGUCUUCCACCAUGCCCUGCCUCCUGCUCUCCCCUCUCGUCGUCAUCUGCCUCACCCUCCCUGAUGCAGGUCUCCAGCAGCAUCUGCAUCUUAGAUGAUGCUGAGGACUGCAGACAGCUCAUCAAGUUGCCCAAGGUGAAAUGCUUGCGCAAUAAUGAGCGGCAAGGUCUGGUCCGGUCCCGGAUUCGGGGAGCUGAUGUUGCCCAGGGCACCACUCUGACUUUCCUCGACAGCCACUGUGAGGUGAAUAGGGACUGGCUCCAGCCCCUAUUGCAUAGGGUCAAAGAGGACUACACGCGGGUGGUGUGUCCUGUCAUCGACAUCAUUAACCUGGACACCUUCCACUACAUCGAGUCCGCCUCGGAGCUCAGAGGGGGGUUUGACUGGAGCCUCCACUUCCAGUGGGAGCAGCUCUCCCCGGAGCAGAAGGCUUGGCGCCUGGACCCCACGGAACCCAUUAGGACUCCCAUCAUAGCUGGAGGGCUCUUUGUGAUCGACAAAGCCCGGUUCGAUUACCUGGGGAAAUACGAUACGGACAUGGACAUCUGGGGUGGGGAGAACUUUGAAAUCUCCUUCCGAGUGUGGAUGUGCGGGGGCAGCCUGGAGAUCAUCCCCUGCAGCCGAGUGGGGCACGUUUUCCGGAAGAAGCACCCCUACGUGUUCCCAGAUGGAAAUGCCAACACCUACAUCAAGAACACCAGGCGGACAGCUGAAGUGUGGAUGGAUGAAUACAAGCAGUACUACUAUGCUGCCCGGCCUUUCGCCCUGGAGAGGCCCUUUGGGAACAUUGAGAGCAGAUCGGAUCUGAGAGUGAAUCUGCACUGUGAGAGUUUCAAGUGGUACCUGGAGAAUGUCUAUCCAGAACUCAGGAUCCCCAAGGAUUCCUCCAUCCGGAAGGGCAACAUCCGACAGAGGAAGAAGUGCUUAGAGUCUCAAAAGAGCAAAAAUCAAGAGAUUGCAAACCUAAAGUUGAGCCCCUGUGUCAAGGUCAAUGGCAGGGAAGCGAAGUCCCAGGUGUGGGCCUACACGUACACCCAGCAGAUCCUCCAGGAGGAGAUGUGCCUGUCAGUGGUCACCUUGUUCCCUGGAGCCCCCGUGGUUCUUAUCCCUUGCAAGAAUGGAGAUGACAGACAGCAGUGGACCAAAACUGGCUCCCGCAUCGAGCAUGUAGCAUCCCAUCUCUGCCUGGACACGGAUAUGUUCGGUGAUGGCACUGAGAAUGGCAAGGAAGUCGUCAUCAACCCGUGCGAGUACUCACUUAUGAGCCAGCACUGGGACAUGGUGAGCUCUUGAGCACCCUUGCCAGGACCAGCCUGGGCCAUGGGGCCGCGCUUCCCCACACGGAACAGACUGGACACCAGGCUGCGAGCAGCCCGCCACUGCUCCGGACGCCCUGGACUGGGAGGUGGAGGCAGAGCCCCCAGGACAGGAGCGGCUGUCUCAGGGAGGAAGGAGGAAAAGAUCGUAAGCCGAUGGGGCUCAAGCCAAAUCCUCCAUGUUCUCAACGCCGUUAAGUUCCGGUCCUGGCCAGGGCUUCGCCUGAGUGAUAUCUGCAGACAGAUCUAAUGGGAAGUGUUUGGUGUUCCCUUUCUUAUAAAGAGGCACUUGGAGGAAGUCAGAGGGAAAAGUCAUCUUGUCACCAGGCCAGGACUAAAUUGAGAGAUGAGAAUGGAAGUUGUUUUCAAAACAAAUAAAGUUAAUGUUAGAAUUGUC